ACGCGGAGGUCGCUGAGGCGGGCGGCGGAGAGCGUGUCCGGCUGAGGGCCGGGAGCUGCCCUUGGCGGGGCGCUCUGAGGCGGCAGCGGCCUCCGAGCUGCGCGGUCCGGUGGGGGGCGCGGGAACCCCGCUGCCCUGAGGUGAUUCCCGCCUCGCUCCGCUGGCCGGCAGGUGAUUGCCACCGCCCCGGCUCCAAAGGAGCUCGCUGAGCUCAGCGGGAACGCGGGCUGGCCUCGGGGCGCGCGGGGUGGCGUUGCCUCAGGUGCAGCUGGCCGAGGCAGGUGCAGCGGGUUCACGGCCGAGCUGCCCGCCCGGGGAGCUCGUGCUGGCGCUGUGCGCUCCGAGCCCUGUGCGCGAGCCUCGCUCGGCUCCGCGCGGGGCCGCGGUGCACGGAGCGCUUCUGGUUGCUGCUUGCAGUUCACUUAGCGUGGUCUGCGCGCGUGGGGGAGGCGGUGUAGUUCGUCAGAGCCUUUUGUCCUGAAACAGUCUGUCAGGAAUUAAGAUUCCUUGUUAGCUCCCUGCUGCGUUUUUCAGAUGUUACGAGGUCUCGCUUACUGUUGGGCUUCGGCAGACCUAAUCUGUGAAGAUAAUUAAGGUUCUUCUGCUCUGAAUGCUGUUUGUAGAAAUGUGUUCUUAAUUUGUCGUGUGAAUCCUGCUGAAUUCCUUGCAUUUGGUGUGCUGGGCCACCAUUUCUGAGUUCUUGUCCAUGACAGUUAACCAAGGUCUAUCUUGCAGGUGAAGCUGAAAAGCACGAUAAUGGCUCCGCUACCCAAUGCUGAAUUAGUUCAGAACUCAUUGCAGUUAUAUCGUUACUUGCUUCGAUGCUGUAAGCAACUUCCUGAAGAGAACAUUCGUCAGCAUUAUAAACAUGCAAUCAGGCAGAGUUUCAAAGUUCACGCUGAUGAAGAUGAUCCUGACAGAAUACAGCAAAUUAUUAAGAGAGCCAUUGAGGAUGCUGACUGGGUCAUGAACAAAUACAAAAAGCAGAAGUAGAAGAAGGAUGAAGACAAGAAUGUCGUUGGUGCAUGUCCCCUGUGACCCUAAUUUCUAAACUCUCAAGAAAAGAUGCCAUUCAGCUGGGUUCUGUGCACUCAAUGGUAUGAUCACUGAAACGUGCAGCCUUGUACAGGUAUAAAGGCUUUCACAUCUUUUUGAAUUGUGUAAUAAAUGUCCUUUAAAAAUGGGA